CAGUUGCGGAAGAUCGCACUUGGAGGAACCAUGUUUCCACCACGGCGACCACGAUCUAUCUGUAUUACAAGCCCUCUUGAGGAAAGACGAACUUCUUCCACCUUCAGUAGUUCGGGGGGUUUUGACAGCUUCGGCUGGCUUUGAGGUUUUUUCAGCGAACGCCAAGAGGCUUCACGGCUUAAGAAAGGAGUAAGCCACAAUCUCGAGCGACAGUCGUGUCCAUUCCCACACAUACCGGUAGUCCUCUCUAACCACAUAGUAAUCUCCCUUCGUCUAACAAAGCCUCUUGGGAAGAGUGGCUGAUAGGCGUCUUUGUGCCUGGAAGGAACUGGUGUGGAGGAGACAAGUGACGCCACUGCAAUCGGCGAGGGAAGGCGGCAGCACCAGUGCGACAAAAAUGUCAAGUUCAGGAGAGAAGGAAGCACCAAGCAAAGAUGUUUCUUCAAGAGACGCUACUUCUGGGAACAGAAGUGAGCCACCUAUGGUCCCUGCGCCAAGGGCAGUCCCAAUGAAUGGCAAGACUGAUGCCACCAAGGCAAAAGCUCUUGGAGCUGCAAACCCUCCUGAUGCAACCGUUGGUGCCAUCCCAAGUAGGGCGAGUGCUAUUCCUGGGAAGCCAUUUUCUCACAAUCCAGAAUUGGCUCAACGACGGCAAAAUCGAUAUGACAACAAACAACAACAACAAGAUUCUUCGGGCGGAAACAACCACCAUAGCCGUGGUGAGGAGCUAGAUGGAUCUGGAGUCAAGGGCAAACAACGACGUGGGCUUCGCAGAAAGGGCACUGAUAGUUCCGAGACCAAAACUGGCAGGAAUAUGUCAAACUUGGUCCAAUCUGCAGCCCCAGGUGAGGAUGUAGACAUUGUUAUCUUGGGGGACAGAGAGGGUACAGAUGAGAAUGGCGAAGUUGCUUUUGGUCAAGCCGACAAAUUUUGUCACAAUCCAGAAUUGGCUCAAAGACGACAAAAGCGAUACAACAACAAGAAACAACAACAAGAUUCUUCGGGUGGUGAGGCUCGUGACAGAUCUGGGAGCAGGGGCAAACAACAACGCGGCCUUCGCAGGAAGGACACCAAUACUUCCGAGACAGAAGCUGGUGGGAAUGAGUCAAACUUGAACCAAUCUGCAGCCCCAGUUGAGGAUCCAGACAUUGUUACCUUGGGGGACAGAGAGGGUUUGGACGAGAAUGGAGAAGCUUCUUUUAGUCAAGCCAACUCGUCACAAGGAGACAGCUUUUCCGAUGAUCUUGAAGCUGGGCCUUCGGAGGUACUCGUUGAGGCAACACUUGUCGAUCAAGAUAGGAGGAGCUCUAAGCCUUUGGUUUUGGCUCAUGCUGUGGAUGAGGUGGAUGGCAUUUUCUUGAGGAAAAGAACGCUUGCCAUGUUAUGUUUUCUCUUCCUGGUAUCAAUUUGCCUUGCAGUGGGGAUCCCUUGUGGUCUGGGAGCUUGCUCUGGAGGAUCCAACAACGCGGAUAUCGCACCAGCGACCACGAUGAGUCCGUCCGUUAUUAUAUCGUUGGCUCCUACGCCUACUUCUGGUAACCAAACAUUUGCUCCCACAUUCGCAGCUCCGACUGCUGCACCUACUCCCUACAUUAUUGAUGGCCUGCCGCCAUAUACCUUAUCUGCCCUCUCAGACCCUGAAUCGCCACAAUCCAAGGCCUAUGCAUGGGUCCAAAAUGACCCAUUGUUGCUCAACUACACCAACGAAAGGCUCUUGCAGAGAUUUGCUUUGGUAACCUUUUUCUACUCAACAAAUGGAGAAAUGUGGGAAGAUAAGACAGGUUGGCUAUCCUAUCUUCCAGAAGAAGACGAGUGCACGUGGUUCACAAAGCGAGACGCAGAGUUUUGGCCGGAGUAUGAUGGUCCUACAUGCUCAGAGAAUGGGUCGUAUCAUUAUCUAUCUCCUUGGGAGAAUGAGAUGACGGGGUCCCUUCCAAAGGAGUUGGCUCUCUUGUCAUCUCUCAUUGUCUUGGAUGUGUCGUCAGGAAGGAUUGAAGGAAGCAUUCCAGAAACAAUCACAAAUCUCAGUCAGUUGGAAGUAUUGUGGUUGGGCGACAACGACAUGACGGGCACUAUCAAUUCGGAGCUAGGUUUGAUGUCAAACUUGCAAAUUUUUGUCCUGAACAGGAAUCAGCUGAGAGGAAGCCUCCCUUCCGAACUAGGGCAACUAUCAAAGCUCCGGAAAUGGGAGUCUGUCAAGCUUGAUAGCUUGGAGGGCCCGUUGCCUUCGGAGCUUGGCUUGCUUAGUAGCCUCAAAGAGCUGCGCUUGGACGAAUGCCGGCUUUCCUCCGCUAUACCUACAACGAUUGGGAUGCUCACGAAUUUGCAAGAACUGCACCUACAAGACAACUUGUUGACAUCUUUGAUUCCUACUGAACUUGGCCAGCUUUCCAGUCUUGAGAUUCUGAGGCUGGAUGAGACUUUCAUGGAAGGCUCAAUACCUUGGGAGCUUGGAUUGCUUGGUAGCCUCAAAGAGCUCCGUCUGAAUGACUGCCAGUUUUCUUCCACUAUCCCUGCAAUAAUCGGCAUGCUCACGACAUUGCGUCUGCUUUACUUGAAUGGCAAUAUGCUGACAUCAUUGAUCCCUACGGAACUCAAUCAGCUGUCACUUCUUGAGAUGCUGAGGCUUGAUGAGAAUGAUCUGGAGGGCAAUGUGGGCAACUUGACUCUGUCAAGUGCGUCGUUGGGGCUGAAGCAACUGGAUAUCACCGGGAACGCUGGCUUGACAGGGACCCUACAUCAAGAGCUUUGCCCUGUUGAACUUUUACGCUUCACCUGUUCAGAACAACUUUGCGGCUGCGAUUGCUCCUGUCUGGGUUGAGACGAUGAAAAAGGCUAUCACUUGAUGUGCCAGUCCGGAACAGAAUCUUGCCAACAAUAUUAUUGUUGCUGCUUUUAUGAAUAUGAAACAGGUAGAGAGGAUUGGAGCUCCAGAGUGCUUAAUUAAGCAAAGACAACAUGGUCCUUUAGCAAAACUGCUUUAUUCUGAGAACGUAUUUCGCCGGGAGAAGAGAACGAUCACACCCAAGUCUCCUUCAAUGCCUCCCCCGAACAACAUUUGGUUGUCAUUAUGGCCUCGGCAGUGAUUCUUGCCCCCCUCACCUACAAGCUCUCAACUACCAUGCGGUAUGUAUUCCCAAAUUUCCGAACUGCGCGAUUGAAUUCUUUCCGUUGUGCUUGACAAGUCUCCUUGGAAGAUUCGUCCCUUGGUGGAGGAUACUGGGAUAAGGAUUCAAUCAGCAAUUCCUCCGGAUUCUCAGGUGCGGCUUUCCACUGACACUGAACAGCGCCUUUGCACGCUUCUGGCAGCUCAUAGUUCAAGCAACAGUAGUCUAUGGCAGAAAGUUGGCAAAUCUUUCGUCUCAGUCUUCGAGUCAGGUCUGUGGCAUCAAUCUGGACCUCCUUGUCCCGGACGUGGACUUUGAGAGAUCUGGGUGGAGGAGGCGCGUCGACCAUGGACGCAAUCUGUGCAAAUUGCUCAUCGAUGUCUUUGGUAUCAAAUAUCCCUUCUAGCCGUCGGGUUCGUCCAGUUUCGAUUGCAGCCAGGCGAGGAACCUGCAGUCUCAAGUGUCCGUCGAACGGGAACUCGGCAUCGUAUGCCAGUAUAAAGUUUUGCAUGGCGGAUUUCAUCUUUUCUUUACCUCUGGCUCUCUCAAAAAGGUGCAAAUAGUCUGCCAUGGUCAUGUUUUCAAAUGGUUCCUUGAAGGAUGGGUAAUAUUUCUCUGGCACUGGAGUUUUCCGUCCACGCUUGAACGAAAUUAGAAACGCUUGACGAUAAGCGGAUAGAAACCUCGAAUAUGGAUCCCGCACAAAGGUGAAGCGGAACAUUUUGUCAUUGACAGCUGUCUCUUCCUCGGGCAAACAGCCCAUAUCAUCUGCCUGAAAAGUUUCGUUCAUGAUACUUCGACAUGUAGAGCUCGCUGCCUUUCCGAUCAUGUAGUAGGUAAGGUUGUACUUGUCGGAGACAUCACAGGUAAUUUCUCUGCGAUAGUGAUGUCGGUACUGACAAGGAUCCACAAAACACUUGUGAUACGUUUCGAGCCGAGACAGCGAAAGGGAUCCAGGAACAAACACGUCACCAGGUUUUGGACUCUCCUCUUUGUCAGAAUCUUCCUGUUGCGAAACCCUUGUCGCUGGCAUUGAUUGGACCUGCCCUUGAAACAGGAAGAGUAGCGAGGUCUCGCGUACAACCAACAGAACAAGGAUCAUGAUGAAUGUUGCCGCGGCUAUUAGGCAUCGACUCUCGGAAUUCUUUCUUCGUUUCAUCUUCAUCUGCAUUUUUAAAAAUCGUCUCAACACAAGGAAGGUAGAUGAUACAAGAACCCAAUCAAUGGAUACAGUACAAGUACAUGUAACAGAUAAAGAUGAUGAAAGAUGGCAGGGAGCAAAAAGCGAAAUCGAACGGACCAUUUUUUGGUUUUGUGUGAGGAAGACAAGGUCGAGUCGUGAAACGUGCUUAUAAAAGCCUUAGUUCACUUGAAAAGAUUCGAUUUUAGGGAUAGACUACUAUUACGGAUUCGAGUUGAACCGCGCAACAACCAUUUCAGCUUUGGUUCAGUCAGCACCACUGGCUUCUUUCAGAUUUGAUUCAUUGGCAUUCUCAUCCGUCCCUUAUUAGCCUUCGCAUGCGUUUUCCAUGGAGAGACCCUCAAACGCACGCGAUGUAAUACAUGUAAUACGUACAAUGCGUAUUCUACGUAUUCCCGUAUAAUACGUAUAACACGUAUUACACGGUCGCCAGCCAGCCACCGUGACCGUUCGAGUGACCGUUCGCAAAAUGGCUCAACACCAAUCUCCACCAAUCUCCACAACACACACCAUGAGAUAAACCUCUCUCCUCUUGUUGCUUUGAAGGAUACAGAGGUUUCUGUUUUAUUUGAAGAUAUACCAUCAUUGUGGGCUCACU